CCGCAGGGCGGGAGCAGUUCCACGGCCUGGGCUCCAUGUACUGCCGCGGCGCGGCUGCUGUCAUCCUCACCUACGACGUGACGCACCCGCAGAGCCUGGCGGAGCUGGAGGACAGGUUCCUGGGCCUGACGGACUCGGCCAGCAAGGACUGCCUGUUCGUCAUCGUGGGCAACAAGGUGGACCUCGUGGAGCAGGCCCGAGAGGGGGAUGGGCUCGGCCCUGGGCAGGUGGGGGAGCCCUGCGCCUGCCCCAGGGUGCCCAAGCAGGUGUCUCGGGAGGACGCGGUGGCGCUGUACAAGAAGAUCCUCAGGUACAGAAUGCUGGACGAGAGGGAUGCGCCGGCCGCCGAGCAGAUGUGCUUUGAGACCAGCGCCAAGACGGGCCACAACGUGGACCUGCUGUUCGAGACCGUGUUUGACAUGGUGGUGCCCAUGGUCUUGCGGCAGAAGGCCGAGGAGCCCGUGGAGACUGUGGACAUCACGAGCCAGAAGCCCCCCAAGCGGACCAGAUCCGGGUGCUGCGCCUGAGCCCCUUGGGCUCCCCGAGAGAGCGCGGGCAUCGGGGCCGCACCUAGGAUGGCAGAGUGGAGGUGACCGCUGGUCCCCGUGUGGCUGCACAUGGAUGCCGGCUGCGGAGCUGGGCACCCACGCUGCCCACCCAGCCCUGUGCAUCCCCACAGCCCCCGCGUGAGUCCUGACCUUCGCUGUGGAGCCGUGGUCGGGGUGGCCGUGUGGCACCUGCCCCAUGCCCACGUGUCCCCUGUGCCUGGCAGCUGUGUCCCUCGCGGCUGUGUUCAAGGUCCCUCCACGCUGACUCCUCCUGGGUCUGCCCGGGCGCUGGUACUUGGUACCUUAGCACCGUCACCCUCCACGUGUGACUUACACACAGCCCGGAGUGACUUGCGUCGGUGGAGGCAGCGUGGGCCUGCAUAUUAUUAAAAUUGAUUUGGGGAAAGCCUGGUGUGGA